AUGGCCAAGACUCAGUCCGCGAUCACCUGGCCGGCCAACUUCACCCCGGGCGAAACAGACAACUUUGUAUCCAACGAAGUCAUCGCCAAGGGGAUCACGUCCGCAGAGAUAUGGGCGCUACUGAACGAUAUCACAAAAUGGGAGUCGUACUACCUAAAUUGCGGCCAGAUCACUGCGCCCGAGUCGGGUCCCAUGCUCAACAAAGACGACAUCUUUAAAUUUGCCACGUUUGGUUUUCCGCCGCUGACAUGCACUGUCGAAGAGUCUGUGACACCGGGGAAAUCCGCCGCGGGAAGGCUGGCGUGGAGCGCUGAGGCGGGUGAAGGGGUCGCAAUCUAUCACGCGUGGCUUGUGGAGGACUUGGACGGUGGCAGGGUGAGGAUUCUGACACAAGAAAGCCAGGUUGGGCAGAUUUUUAGGGAAUGGUCGGAAGCGAAGCCGAACAAAAUGCUGCUGGGCCACCAGGACUGGUUGGAUGGGUUGGUUAAGGCGGCAAGAGGGCAACAGGUGGACGAGACGAACCUAAAGAGUGUUGGGUUCCCUCAGAGGACUUGA